AUGGGUCGUCCUGAAUAUCAAUAUGACCUGGAAGCACGUCGGGAAAAGUCUACCCGAGAUCCAUACUGGAUGUCUCCCAUGAUAUGGAGCAUUGUCAGCUCGAUCUGCGUGACUGCAGUCUUCCUCGGGCUUUAUUCCUCGUUCUCAUCCUUUUUUGACCUGGGCAUUCUCCCUUUAUUCGCCCAACGAUACUCUGCAGUCCCAUUUCGCGCCUUUUCCAAGGGAUCGGGAUACCUCAGCAAACCCCAUGAUUUCAAGAUCAUCGCCGUCGUCCCGUUUUACUCGUCCGCGCGGACAGAAAUCCUCGACUGCUACUUACAAAAAAACCUAGCAUCUAACCGCGGGUUCAUCGACGAAGUCAUCUUCUUCCCCAAGACCAACGACACGACAAACCUGAAAUGGCUCGAAUCCCUCAUCGACAGCUCUCCCCAGUACACAACAUCCCAACCCGGCAAUGACGCCGCACACGGCGAAUCGAACAUGUACAUCUGGAUCGACGGCGACGUCGUCUUCCUAGAGGACCACACAAUCCCCACGAUCGUCAAGACAAAGCUCGACUACGCCGGUUCGGCCCUCGUUUCCGCGAACGUGGUCAACCAGGCGUCCUUGAAGACGCUACAUAGCCACCCCGGGACCGCGCUGCCUUAUCUCCCCGAGCUACCGCCAGCGCAGUCUCAGGAGCACGCUGCGCAAGACUGGCGCGUCGCUGACCUCCCCCGCUGGGAGGGACCGGCGAAUUUCAUAGCCAAUGGGGAGUUCUCAGUACCACCGCACAGUCACCGCUGGCUUCUUGCGGAUGAGGAGGACAUGGAUCGGACACCUAUCGCUACGUCUAUGUAUGGCGAGGAUGGUCCCGGGUUGGACCAUUGGACCGUCCACGCGCAGCAGCAUUACUCGUUCCUUUACCAUUUGCAGGUGGGACAUCUGUUUCGGUAUAAAUUCCCGAUGUGGAGUAAUCCCGUGGAGAGUAUUAGUCCGAAUUUGCUGUGUUUGCGGGGCGACGAGGAUUUCAGCACGCUGCAGCUUUUGCUCAAGCAGAGUGAGUCGGGCGUGCUGGAUUCGAGGACAAUCCAUGAGGCGUACGGGGACACACGCCGGAUCAUCAUUGAUGGGAAGGGGUUAGCCGCGCAUUAUUCUGGCGGAGAUCCAGAUGGUGGUUUAGAUGCUACCGAUGUUCUCCAGCGAUAUCGGCUGUACGCAAGGGAGUUUGUCUGCCCACAGACGUCUUAA